AUCACGGGUUGGGUUUUUAAUCGGCCGAAAAACGUAACAAUUCGCGUCCGAGUGGGUUUAUCCGUGUUGCACUGUGUAAAGCGCACGUCGUGGACAGCAGCAGCAGCUCAGAAUGAAGGUGAAAGAGUUACAGAAGAUGGUGAACGUGGCGUGGUCACCGGCGGAACAAUGCCCGAUAAUGCUGGCGGCCGGUACGGCGGCCCAGCAGCUCGACGCCUCAUUUAGCACCUCCGCCUCGCUGGAGCUGUAUUCGAUCAAUCUGGCCGACCCGAGUUACGAUCUGGAGCUGAAAGGAACGCAAUCGAGCCCGCACCGUUUUCACAAGCUCAUAUGGUCUCCGUUGGUCACCAGUGGAGCCGCUGAACAGAGCGCUUCCCCGAGCGGACUCAUAACCGGGGGCUGCGAGAGUGGGGUGCUGCAGGUGUACAACGUGGCACAACUGGUGGCCGGUCAGAACGCGCUGGUCGCGCAACAGGACAAACACCAGGGAGCGGUUCGCAGUCUGGACUACAAUCCGUUCCAGCACAAUCUCGUGGCCAGUGGGGCUUCGGAGUCGGAAAUAUUCAUCUGGGAUCUCAACAACACGGCCGUUCCGAUGAGCCCCGGUGCGAAAGUGACCCCGUUCGAGGACGUGCAAGGGUUGGCGUGGAACCGCCAGGUGCAGCACAUUCUGGCCUCCGUGUUUCCUUCGCGCUGCGUGAUCUGGGAUCUGCGCAAGAACGAACCGAUCAUCAAACUGAGUGAUACGCAGUCCCGCAUUCGCUGGCGUGUGGCCCAGUGGCACCCGGAAGUGGCCACGCAGCUGUGGCUCGCCAGCGAGGAAGACCAGUCGCCGACGGUGCAACUGUGGGAUCUCCGGUACGCAACGGCACCGGCCAAAACAUUCCACAUCCAUCAGCGUGGUAUGCUCGGUUUGACCUGGUGCCCGAAGGAUCACGAUCUGGUCGCAUCGUGCGGUAAGGACAAUCGGAUCAUCUGCUGGAACCAAAACACGGAGGACCCGAACGGGGAGAUUUUGUCCGAACUGGCCACCACCAACCAGUGGAACUUUGAUGUCGCUUGGUGCCCCGGAAAUCCGGCCCUUAUCGCCGGGUCGAGCUUCGAUGGGAAUGUGACGAUCUACUCGAUCCACGGCGGUGUCCAUCAGCAGGUGCAGACGAGCAACAAGAUUGCCGACUCGUUCCCCGGCAUGGAGCACAUUGGACACGAGCCAACACAGCAGGUGUCCGGCCAACAGUCGCAAACGGUGUCGAACGAUCUGAAAAGGCCACCGCGUUGGAUGCACCGACCGGUCGGAGUUUGUUUCGGGUUUGGUGGCAAGCUGGUCACCUUUAACGGCACGAGUCGCACCGUGACGGUGAACCAGGUGGUCACGGAUGCGGAACUGGUGGAGCGCUCCAACCAACUCGAGCAGGCACUGGCCGAGGGAAACUUUGUCGACUACUGUCGGCAAAAGGCGGAUCAAGCGAACGAUCAGCAUUCGCGGUUCCUGUGGUACUUCUUGAAGGCGAAUUUUGAGGAUGAUCCUCACUCCGAGAUGCUCAAUCUGUUGGGAUACGAAACGAAUGACAUUACAGCGAAGUUUAAGAAAUACGUCGUCGAAUCGGUGAACGGCGAAGAAGCGAAUCCCGUCGAUGGGCUCAGCGACCAGAUGGCCGGCCUAAGUCGGAAUAAUUCCACCGAAACAGAGACCAGUACGGACGAGAGCACUGAUUUGUCGAUCACGGAUAAUAAUGCGGUGUUCGAUGCGAUCGCGGCCACUGGCAAACAGUUGAACGGGACCGAGGAACCCCAGCAACGGAAUGGCCGGGAAGGUGCGGAACAAGUUUCGUACAAAAUACACACCGGCCAGGAUAAGGAGGGGCUGAUCUGUGAGGCUCUGCUGACGGGUAACCUGGAAGCGGCGGUCGAACUUUGUAUGCAGACGGGCAAAACGAGCGAAGCCCUCAUAUUGGCCAUGAACGGUGGUUCCGAUCUGUUGGCCAAAGUGCAGUACCGGUAUCUGCGGAACAGCGAGAACUAUCUGUCGAACAUUAUCUCCGCCCUCGUGACGUCCGAUUGGACCGGAGUCGUUACGCAGUGUACGAUCGACUCGUGGAAGGAAGCGUUGGUGGCGGCCAUAACGCACUGCCGGCAUCAGUUGCCGUUGCUCUGCGAGCAGCUUGGCCAACGGCUGCAGUUCGAAACGGGCAGUAACCUCGAGCUGGCCCGCAACGCGAUUCUGUGCUACAUUUGUGCCGGAAGCCCCGAACGGUUAGUGGAAGCGUGGAACCUGGCGAAAGGUGACGCCGCCGGUGAGGAGGAGCUGGACAGGAACAACAACUGCAACCGCGACCUGCAGGAACUGGUUGAGGUGGCGAUGUUGCUGCAGAAGGCGCUCGAGAAGCAGGGUCGCGCGGUGCAGGCCACCGGCAAGCUGGCCGAGCUCUUGUCGCAGUACGCGAGGCUGCUGGCGGCGCAAGGAUCGCUUCCAUCGGCACUUACGUACGUCGGUAGUUCGACCGAUCCGGAGCUGGCCGAGUUGCGAGAACGGUUGUACUACGCCCUUGGCCACAAGAGCCAAGCGGCACCGGUAGCAUCGGGCGCAGGUCGAAUGCGCGGCGGACACCAAGCGGAACAACAACCACCCUACAAUCCGAUGUUCCCGACGAUCGGGCAGGCCGCCAAGAUGAAGGCAUACCAGCAACAACCGGUGCCGCCAGCGGCAGCUCCGCCAACUCUGGCGUCCUCGACACAGCCAGCAUGGAACACUGCUCCCUUCCAACCGCCACCAGUCGGCCAACCGAUGGCACCCCCGGUGAACGCUGCUCCACUACUGAGCUCGAAACCACCGGUCGGACCGCCACCACCUGCCAGUAGCGAUCCUUCGCAACCACCACGUCCAUCGAGCGUCAGUUCACAGUCGGCAGGAACGGCUCCGGUACUGAGCCGCUCGAAGUACGUGCUCGAUCCAUCGGUAACAUCCGGCCCGACGUACGGGCAGCAGAACGCGAACUUCUACAACCCGCCGUCAUAUCAGCAACCGGGCAUCGGUCAAGCUCCUGGGGCUGGCCCCUUCAACGCUGGUCCGAUCGUUAGCCAACCAUCCAGCUUCUACAACCCUUCGCAACAGCCACCACCCGCACCGGCAGCCGCCGGCCAACCGCCGCAAUCGAACAACUUUAAACCGUUCACUCCGGCCCCCCUGGUCCAGACGAGUUCGUUCAUGCCACCGUUGGAUGGUUCGCAACAGCAGCCUCCGCAGCAUAACGCCAAUUACGGCUACCCACCCCAAGCCGGGCUGCCACCACCGCCAAUGGCGGGUGGCAACUUCCAAAGGAACCCGACGCCACCGCCCGGCUGGAAUGAUCCGCCGGCAGUGAAGGGACACAGCCGACCGCAAUACUGCGAACAGUACGAAAUGUCCGCGGUCCACGCCGGAACGAGACGCUGGCGUCGAAUAAUCGACUCACAUGCGAACGAACACUCGAACCGGUCUUCGCCGCAGCCAAAGGCCGAACCGAGCAUGGUGGCACCGAUCAUGUCGCCCCUUCCGACCGGUUUGGCACCCUCGAACGGGUACCAGGACCCGAACAGUAACUACAUUCAGGGCGGUGCCGUGGCUGCUCCGACGUACAUGACACCCCAGCCCGCACCACCCGGUGGCAUGUUCAAUCCGGCCGCUGUCGCACCAUCGGGCGCUCCGAUCAACUAUCAAAACUUCCACCAGAAUCCAAUGGGCGGCGGCUAUCAGCAGCAGGGGGCACCACCGACCACCGGUGGUGGGGGUGUGUAUUAUCCGGGCCAAACGCAAUCGGAUGCAUUCCAGGCUCCUUCGCAAGCGGCGCCGACGGCCAACGUCCCUGAGCCACCGAAAGCGAAGGCACCGCUUCCGGAGCAGUACGUGUUCAUGCAGACCGUGUUCGAGGAGCUGAAGCGACAGUGCGUAGAAGCGGCUGGCAAUCCGCAAACGAAGCGAAAGCUGGAGGAUGUCUCGAAGCGGUUGGAGUCGCUCUACGAUUUGCUGCGCGAGAAUAGGCUAUCGCAGAACACACUGAACUCGCUGAGCCAACUGGUGGGACUGAUUCAGGCCGGUGACUACGCCAACGGAAUCGGCCUUCACACACAGAUGGUGUCGGGGCCGGAUUUCGCUCAGAUUGCCAGCUUUAUGCCCGGCAUCAAGGUGCUGCUGCAGUCGGCGAUGCAGCUGCAGGUGUACCUACGAUAAGCGGCCGCGACACGCCACCGAGAGGGCAUUUCAUAGCACUAUCCAUUGGCCCGGUAAUCGGAGCAGCAGUAUCGAAGACACUCCGUGGUAUACGCGGAUUGCGGAAGUGAAUGCGUGUUCGACGAGAGUGCUUACUUCCCAGCAGUGUUUGGUUAUUAUAAUUUUUUGAUAAUAAUAAAUAAAACUAUAUCUAUU